AUGGGUGCUGUACGCUCUGAAUGUCAGGCAAACUACAAGCGUAACAGGUUCUACACUCUUCUAACUGGCUCCCUGGAUUCUCUUGGUCUAGAAGUAAAUGCUGAUGUGACCCUUAAUAAUCAGCAAAGCCGAGCUGCUCACAAAGCUACUUUAAAGCUUAGCCAAGAUGGUCUGUCUACCAGUGCAACAACCAGUGUCAACUUUAAACCCUUAAUGCUAGAGAAUGAGUUUAAUGCUGGAAUUGGAAGUUCGGGAGCGGUGAUGAAAAUGAUGGCAAAUGGACGAUACCGAGAGCACAGCACCAAGAUUUCUGUUGAUGGAAAAGUUUCCAUGAUGGAACUGUCUUUGGGUAGUGUCUAUCAAGCUACAAUUCUUGGUUUAGACAGUAAGAAUCUUCUCAACUUUAAGAUUAGCCGAGAAGGACUUAAAUUCUCAAACAACCUAAUGGGCUCAUAUGAUCAGGUGAAACUUGAACACAGCAAUGAUUUAAGCAUUGUGGGCACUACAUUACAGUUUACCUCUAAGUUUGAAAAUUCCUUAAGCUCUGACAAGUUCCACAAGCACAGAUUUGACUUCCAGAUGCAGCCCUACACUAUGAUAUCUUUAUUGAAUAAUGAACUACAAUAUGGCUCCUUGGAAUUAACCAACGGUGCUCAGCUUCAACUUGAAUUGUUCAAGUUAAAUAUCAAUGGCAAUGUCAGAGGUGCAUUUAACAAAGAUGAAAUAAAACAUUCCUAUGGAUUCUCGAUUGGAAACAUGGCUGCAAGCCUGAACACAGACACUGUUGCAAAUAUACAAGGAACAGCUCACACACAUAGAUUUUCCCUUGAUAUUGCUGGUCUCUCAGCCUCACUUAGCAGCAACACAAACUGUGAAGCAAAAUCUAUGCGCUUCAGCAACAUGAUCCGUUCUGUUGUGGAGCCGUUCACCAUUACCAUUGACUCUCAGACCAAUGGAGAUGGGAGACUGCUGAUCUUUGGAGAACAAUCAGGACAGCUUUACAGUAAAUUCAUCCUAAAAGCCGAGCCUCUUUCUUUCAACUUAGUCCAUAAUUACCGAGGAUCCACCAGACAUUCAUUAGGUACAGGCUAUACACACGAGACCCUUCUAGACUACAAAAUCAACCUUUGUUCACACCAGCAGAGCAGUUAA